ACCAUUCAGCAAUUACACUGAAACACAGCUUCGCACAUCACUGAAAGUAAAAGCCUAACGUUAAGUGAGUGAAAUGUGGAAACACUAAAUGCUGAGGUCCUUUAUACAGUCCUUUGUACAGGUAAAGGAUUGACGGCCUGAUUCAAACAUGUAAACGAUUUAAUGAAUUAUUAAUUAAAAGAGCUGGUUAAUAAGUUUAUAUAUUUGCUCGUGAUUUGAAUUUCAGUUCCGUGUGAUUGUUUUGCAGCCCACUGAAAGACGCUGUGCAUGGUCUUUUUCUCUUCACAUUCACAGCUCGCCUAAAAUAUUUCUUCUGCUGUGCCGCUGUAUAUUUAAUGCUGAUUUACAGCUGACAGUAUACGUGCAUGUCAUAUUGUUCUUAGUUUUCUCUUUUAAUUCUUUAAAGCACUGGCUGUGAUUUAUCAGGUAGCUGCAGAUAAAUUAUCUAAAUUGCAUGUUUAACAAAAAAAAAACUCAUCCCCUAAUUAAACACGCCACAAGUGUUUGGAGCGAUACCGUCAGUCCGUCAGCAGGGGGAGCCAAUGCUUUUGGAAAUAUCCUUAGAUCCAGUCCACUCUGGCUUUGGAGAGCACUGCUCGCUUUGGCCAGUGCUAUGAAUAAGGACUCUUUGCCUUACUGCUGAUGGUGCUGGAGUGGACCCGUCCAGGCCUGUCCUCCCCAUUACGCCCCAUCUGCGACCUGCGUGUCCUAGACCAUUUCAUUAAGGAGGCAUGGGAUGCGGAGGCUGCUUUGAGAGCUUGUAAGGAUGCCUGCAGCAUUGCAACAAACUUCACUGUUCCUCUGACCAGAGUAGAUUUUGACGUCUGGGAAGCGAUGAAUAUAGAGGAGCAAGCUCAAGAGGUCCAGUCAGGCAUACAUGUGCUGAACGAGGCCAUCAGCUCACUACAGGCAUCUAAUCAGACUGAUGUGCUACAGUCCCACAUAGAUGCCAGUAUUAACAACAUUGCCAGCAUCAGACAAGUGUUGCGAAGUCUCAGCAUACCGGAAUAUGUACCUCCAACCAGUGAUGGAGAAGACAAAGAGAUGCAGAAAGUAUCCUCGAUCUCAGAGCUGUUUCAGGUCCACAUCAACUUCCUGCGUGGAAAAGUGCGUCUUCUGCUUGCCAAUGCACCUGUCUGCCAUCAAGGUGUCAGCUGAUAGACAAUUCUGGGCAAGGGCCAAACUAAUUGGAGCUCCUCGUAUCAGGAGGCAGGAUAUGGGCUAUUACAAAGGAUAUGUCGCCGAGUUUGAAUGACUGGGAGUUGUAGCACUUUGAAAGAUUUACUCACAAAGGGAAAAGAAGACAUCCCCUCAGAAUACUAAGCGCCCUACUCUCUGUUUGUUGAGCAUUUGCAAACUCAUCUGCGUUACCUGGCAAAAUCAACCAGAUGCAAACAUAAAACUUAAGAAAUCACUCCUCUCACCCCAUAUGACUGAUGGCACUUGCCCAGCUCAACUAGGAAGGUUUAUCUGGGAUUCUUAAAAAUGGUUUUGUAUUGCUUAUGAAAUUGUCAUUAUUUAUAUAGAUGAUAUAUUUCUUAGAGCUGGAAUCACUGGCUUUUGCAGAUUCUUUUCUGAAGCUGUUCAAGUGAAGACCUCUCUUCGGCCUCAAGCACUUCCAAACAUUGAACUGUUGAUAGAGAAAACUAUUUAUCAAUAUUAAUUAUGCACUGUAGGUUUUAUAUUAAUUUCAGUGUUAAGUGUGUGUCUGUAUGUGCAUGUGCGACUUUUGUGAAUGCUGCAGGGAAUGUUUCAAGCAACAGGGGAGGAAGGUUGUAAUGCUGGAUUCUUACGGGUCAGUUGGGGUGAACAGGAAGCAGGACUAGAUUGCUGCUUGUGUCGGGGGAAUUAGAAGCUUUCGUGAGACCUGAUGAGGCUGUGUUAGCUCAUGUCUGAAUUACGCGGUCUUGUGCAGAUAACGCCACUGCCAGGAAAAAUAUUGAUUAGUGUGUGUUUGACGAACAUCCUGGCCUGCUUCCACUUCACACACGAUGCUGCAUAUUUGCCUUUGGGAAAUGAUUGUAAGGUUGACAUCUUGUUUCUCUUUUUUUGUAGAACUUGUUUGUGGUUUUCGUAAAUAGCCGUUUUUUUUUUGUUUGUUUGUUUUUUACAUCUGUCAAUCAGUCUCUGUCUAGAUGCAACAAAAUAUGUUUGUAGAUUUUUUUUUCCGGUUAUUUUGCUGUUGUGUGGUUCUUUCAUCACAUUGUCAUUUGGUAUUCAAAUACAAAAUAUUAUUCUUAGCUAAAAAAAUAGAACUGUAAAAACAAGUAGAGAGGAAGUUUUCUUUUUGUCUUAUGAAGCAUCUCUGCUGAGAAUGUCAAUACACUGCUCGCAAUUCUGUAAAUACAUGUGAUUCCAAUGUGAAUUUUUGAAGAAUUAGAUGUGAAAACAAGUACUUUUUUAGAUAUGAGAGAGAGAAUAGGCAUACAUUAUGCCUAAGACUAAACCAGAUUAUAAAAUAAGUACUGCAUUUUUGUCACGUUUCCACUGAAGUAAUUUAGUCACACAACUAAAUAUUUUUGAACAAUCA